CAUGGUAUAGGGUGGGGCUAACUGGUGCUAAGGGCGGAGCUCAAAAUAAAGUUACUGCAAAGAGGUCUAUAAGAAAACGAAUUAGUCGGAGACUAAAUGCAUUGUGUUAAACAAAAGCCUGCUGGCAUUUUGCACUGCGCCAGCAAGAUACAACUAUUCCUUUUGAAAACCAACAUAAGUCUUUGGAAUCAAAGAAAAGAGACGAGGAACUACUUUAACUGACAGAAAACUCUCGGCCUCUAAUCCACCCGUUUUCUCCAGCGUCUUGCAGAUGAUGGUGUGAUUGGGUUUGGCUUCUUCCAUUCUCUACCCAGCACAUCUCUGGUUUCAAACCCUCAACACACCACACCUCCCUAAUGUCAGAGGAUUCAGACCUGGGGUGCAGCUCCAUGCCCAGGGGGGCCUCCUCGUGCAGCUCCAUGCCCAGGGGGGGGCCCUCGUGCAGCUCCAUGGCACAGCUCCAUCGUAUGAGCAGCUAUGGCCAGGGUGGUCCAGACCUGGGUCUUGCCUCAGAGGGCAGUGACAGCAUCCGGCGUAAGAACGUCUGCUCACGUUCCCGCCACCACGACGUGGAGAUGAAGAGUAGUGGAUCCAGCGGGAGCGAGACCGAGUCACACGUCAACGAGAGCCAUGGAAGCCAUGGAAACGAGAGCCAUGGCAACGAGAGUCAUGGUAACGAGUCGACAGGUAGCUCCAACCGCAACAGCAAGGACUCCGCCCUCCUGGAGUCGUCUGGGAGUAGCAAGAGCCCCUCUCCUCCCAGUAGUUCCAAUGCCUUCAGCCUGCUGAAUUCUGAGCAGGACAACCCCUCCACCAGCGGCUGCAGUAGUGAGGAGUCCGCUAAGACCAAGACCCAGAAGGAGCUGCUCAGGACCGCCAAGCAGCUCAGACAUCUCCUGCCUGCUGACAAGAGGAACAAAGGCAAGAAGUCCAGCUCCCUAAACACCCUGAAAUACGCACUGCGCUGCGUCAAACAGGUGGAAGCCAAUGAGGAGUACUACCAGCUGCUGAUGACCAAUGACAGUCAGCCAUCAGGCCUGGAAGUGUCCUCUUACACCAUCGAGGAGAUAGACAGCAUCACCUCAGAGUACACCCUCAAAAACAAUGACACCUUUGCUGUAGCUGUAUCUCUGAUCACGGGAAAUAUCGUCUACAUCUCAGACCAGGCCGCCUCCAUCCUCAACUGUAAACGGGGCAUCUUCAAGGAUGCCAAGUUUGUGGAGUUCUUGACUCCCCAGGACGUUAGUGUUUUCUACAGCUUCACCACGCGCUACCGCCUGCCCUCCUGGAGCAUGUGCACCGGAGCAGAGUCAUCCCGGUCGGACUGCAUGCAGGAAAAAUCGUUCUUCUGUCGGAUCAGUGGGGGUAAGGAGUGUGAGGGGGACCUGCAGUACUACCCAUUCUGUAUGACCCCCUACCUGAUGAAGGUGCAGGAUAAGGUCCAUUCUGAGGACCAGUUCUGCUGCCUCCUACUGGCUGAGAAGGUGCACUCCGGAUACGAGGCUCCCAGAAUCCCUAGUGACAAGCGCAUCUUCACCACCACACACACCCCUAGCUGUGUGUUCCAGGAUGUGGAUGAGAGAGCUGUUCCACUUCUUGGGUACUUCCCCCAGGAUCUGAUUGGCACCCCAAUCCUUCUUCUCAUGCAUCCCGAUGACAGGCCUGUCAUGUUGGCCAUUCACAAGAAGAUCCUUCAGUACGCUGGCCAGCCGUUCGACCACUCCCCCAUCAGGUUCUGCACGCAGAACGGAGAGUACGUCAUCGUCGACACCAGCUGGUCCAGCUUCGUCAACCCCUGGAGCCGCAAGGUCUCCUUCGUUAUCGGGAGGCACAAAGUCCGCAUAGGCCCGGUGAAUGAGGAUGUGUUUGUGUCCCCGCUCCCUGCCCUCAUGGAGACGAUGGACUCUGAAGUCCGGGAGAUCACUGAGCAGAUCCACAGAUUGCUACUACAGCCGGUGCACAACACUAGCUCCAGUGGCUACGGUAGCGUGGAAAGCAACGACCACCUUGUAGCAUCUCAGGUGAUGACCAGCGAGGGCAGCCCAAGCAGGACACACAUCGAGGAGGAGGGUGAGAGCAGCUGGGCCAAACCUCAGAGGUCAUUCCAGGAGAUCUGUAAAGGUAUCCACCUCCAGAAGAGUCAGGAACAGCAGAUCUACCAAGCCUCCGCCUCAGCCAUGCCUGAGACCAAGAAGAGCCCUGGCAAGUUCCUCCAGAAGAGUCCAGCAGGGGUGCGUUCCAAGGAAUCUGCAGCCCCUGUGGCCCCUCUGAAUUGGAGGGACAGUGGGGUCAGUGCUGGGGUCAGUGGGCUGAACCUGGAGGACAGCAGCAGCAGGACUGCUGUACAGGAGGAGCAGCUGGCCUUCAACGACCAGACGGUCUACUCCUACCAACAGAUCAGCUGUCUAGACAGUGUCAUCAGAUAUCUAGAGGGCUGUAAUGUUCCCAUCACUAUGAAGAGGAGGUGCCACUCUUCUGACAACACUAUGUCCUCAGAUGAGGACAAGCAGAAAGGAGGGGACAAUCCCAUGCAAUUAUCUGAAGAGGUCAUCGUAGAUGUAUCUGUGGCUCGGGUUGAGGUGGAGGGGGGCAGCCAGACUCCUGGGCCUCCCCCCAAUGCUGUUUCACCUCCCAGCCUGGAGAGGGAGCCCUAUAAGAAGCUCGGUCUGACCAAACAGGUCCUAGUAGCCCACACCGUGAAGGAGGAGCAGACCUUCCUGUGUCGCUUCAGGGAACAGAGGGGAGUCCAGGCCUUCCAGGCCAACUGUUCCCAAUACCUGGAGCGCCAGAAGGGACAGGGCGCCGCUGAUGCUCUGCCCGCUGUGCGCCCAUGCACGCAGGCCGAGCCCGCUGCCCGUCGAAGUGGGCGCAACAAGAAGACCAAGUCUAAGCGGGUGAAACAGAACGAGUCGUCCGACAGUUCCGUGUCUCAUAGGAGAAGACAGCCGCAGCCCCGACCCCACCUCCUCAACCAGGGCCUCAACCAGACCCCCUGGUCCCCCUCCAACACUUCCCAGUCCACUUUGCUGCCCCUGGCUUACCCCACCGUGGUGCCAGUCUACCCCCUCCAGGUCUACCCUGGGGCGGGCACCAUGGCUGGCACCAUGCCUACCCGCCCAGAGAAUUCAUUGGCAGGCUUUGGUGACUGCCAGGGCAACCAGGAUCCCCAGUGCCAGCCACCAAACAUCCAGCCCUCGCCCUUCUCUACUCCCAUGGUGACCCCCGUGGUGGCUCUGGUUCUCCCCAGCUGCAUGUUCCCUCAAAUGGGAAGCGGGGCUCCAGGACAGCAGCCUUUCUACCAGGCCGAGAAAGCCGGCUACCCCUCUCAGUCACAGCCCUUCCACCCACAGACAUCCCUCACCUUACCUGCUCAUGUUCCUUUCCCGGCUCAGCCACAGGCCUUUCCCCUACUGACGGCCUUCCCGAUCCCCGCCCAGCCUUUCUCACUCUCCAUGCCCAUGGAGGCUCCCAAGCCACCUGGAGAAACCACCCAGUCUAGCUGCUCCCCGCAUGGGACCAUGGGCGACAGGGACCAAGCGUCCUCCCCUCCACUGGUCCAAUCAUGGUGCAGCUCGCCCCUGCAGCUGGAGGAGAUAUGGUGCUCCCUGGAGAGACUGGACCGCAUGGUGGUGGUGCCCUCCGUUGGCACACAAGGGAAUAACACCGUCAACAUGAAGGGAGGGAGCAUGGUCUGCCAAGCCAUGGAGAAGGUCAAGGAGCUUCAGCAGGUGGGCUCGCCGGGCAACGGUAACCAUAGCGAUGUCAAUUCAUCAUCAGGUGACCUCCUGGACAUCCUGCUCCAUUCAGACUUUUGUUCAGGCACCAGCUCAGGCACUUCAGGGUCCAUGGGUUUCAGCUCUAAUGGCUGCGGAACCUCAGCUAGAACGUCUAACAGCAGAAUGUCUAAUAACAGCCGAACGUUGGGAUGUGGAACGUCAGCUAGCGGAGUAUCUGGCAGUGGCACAGUAAGCAGCAGCCCCACAAGCAACAACAGCAGCAACUACUUUGGCACCGUGGACUCCUUCCAGAACAGCUGCCAGCAGGUCAAAGUGCACUCCAGUGGCGGGAGUGGUGGUAGCGCUAGCGAGGGGCGGCCAAUGGAGGUAGAGGAAAGCCAAUAUGACAAGUAUGUACUGCAGGAUCCGCCGUGGUUAGUCACCGCCAACGCUGACGACAAGGUCAUGCUGACCUAUCAGAUGCCCUCCCGGGGCAUCGACUGUGUGCUUAGGGAAGACCGAGAGAAGCUACGUGUGAUGCAGAAGAGCCAGCCGUGCUUCACCGGGGAGCAGCAGAUAGAACUGGGGGAGGUCCACCCCUGGAUGAGGAGAAGAGGUCAUGGACGCCCAAGGUCAUGGACGCCAAGUGUGGGCUGUGAGAAGGACACUCCAGAGGUGUUGUUGUCUGAGGAGCAGCCUGGCCUGGAUAUGGGAGACACAGAGACUGAGGAGGUCAGCCCCUACAGGAAGCCCGGCGAGGAGCCCUUUUAACAUGGACACCUGUCCCUCUUCUGGCCUUGGAUCAUAACAGCCACAUCCACCCCCUGAAUCUGCCCCUGUUAAUUGUAGCAGCAUCACCUCCGCAAAAGGCUCAUUCUCAAGCGACAUCAAUUAUUCACCAAGUCCCACCCUCAGCUGUUCCAUACAAGACCAUUUUUUUAUUUUACCAGGCAAGUCAGUUAAGAACAAGUUAUUAUUUACAAUGACAGCCUACCGGGUGAACAGUGGGUUAACUGCCUUGUUCAGGGGCAGAAUGACAAGAUUUUUACCUUGUCAGCUUGAGGAUUCGAUCCAGCAACCUUUCGGUUACUGGCCCAACGCCCAACCACUAGGCUACCUGCCGCCCCAUAUUAGACUGCCUAGUACCGCUUGCACCUUGCGGGUACAAACCUUUUCUACAACAAACUAAACUGUAUUGAAAUUCUGCUACAGCCUGAGAGACCAGGGAACAUACAGACUGUUACAUCCCACCUGGUCAAUUAAUUUUCUGUGUGUGUGUGUGUGUGAGAGAGAGGAAAAAGAAGAGUGAGUUAGUGUGUCCACAACACAGUUCAUGUUCUAUCAAUUGUUUUUUCACUUAUUGAAAUUAAUGUUUUCAUUGAAAACGUUUUGACCGUAGUAGUCUUGUAUUUGUGUUAAUUUAGAGCCCUGGGGCUAGCAUCAACAUUUUAACACUGAUGCUCCCAAUUUAAAGAAGUUAGGAGCACCACAUGAAAUGUAGGGGCACCAGAAUAUAUCGUGUUUUAUUGUAAUACAGCCUAUAUUGGGCCUAUACGAAUUCAAGGUACUUUUGAGGGACAUGAUUUUCCCUAGAAAAUAAUGUAAUAUGUAUAUAAGAUAUUAAUUUAUUGUAAAAGCUAAAAAUAUUUCACCUUUAUUUAACCAGGUAGGCCAGUUGAGAACAAGUUCUCAUUUAUCAACUGCACCCUGGCAAAAUGUUGAAAGGAAUAACUGUCAUCGAAAUUACAAAGUAAUGUGUGGAAUAUUAGGUUUCUACAUUGUGUAAAAGCACUAUUGAGAUGCAUUACAUUAAAUUGUAUACUGUCUCUUCAAAAACGGCAGAAGAUCUGACAUUCAUUAUUUUCUACUGUCACUGAUCUCCUGAAGCAGCUAUCCCUUUUCCUUUCUUUCUAUGCCCCCAAAUGUUUGGAUAUACUGGUGACGUUCCCAGGUUGUUAGCUAGCUAACCAAUGAGGUAACAUGACUGAAGUGUAAACAAAUGGAUAACGACAUGGUUUAUGAAUGUAAAAUGCAGACCCAGCGACCCGCUAUAGGAAGAUAAAAAUGCUGCGCCGGUAUUAUGGUUCAGAUCUUUUGACGUAGGCCCGGUUUUCCAAAAUAAUCUUAAGACUUAAGUUAAUUGUUAGCACCAUGGUGCUUAAUGGUUCUAAUGAUGAAUUUAACGUUAAGAUGCUUUUGGGGAAACCCGAGGCACUGAUUGAAAUUGAAGCUUUCGCUGUGGUAAUGGUGCAACCAUGACUCUAAGGGCACUCGGGGAAAAUACGUUAGAGCGAAGCAUUAUUUCAUCAAUUUCUUUUCUUUCUUUUUUUCCUAGGCCCACAGUGCUCCCAAAAUAAAACUCCGGGUCACACAGCAAAAUAUUUUGUUGCAUAUCCAAUAUAUAACAUGAUGAUGUUGAUAUCUGUUUGUUGUUGAAAAGACUUACAGGAUUUCUAGUCUAUUAUGUUGGCUGACUAAAAGGUUUGGCAGAAGAAGCUUGUAGAGAAGUUGCUUUCUAGCCUGUGGUUGAAUGUUCUCAUAGAGCCCUUUCCAGUACAUGACACACUGACAUCACGCACAGAUGUGCGUGACUCUUGACUGCAGUAAGAAAGCCAUCACCAUCUGUGCCCAUUCAACAUAGCCAUGGUUGACCUUUUUAGUACUUAGAACUUUUUAUUGGGUUCUCAUAAACCCUUUGUUUUGUCCUGUUUCAACAGAAAUAAAUUGACUUGGGUAGUUUUCGGCAGUUGAUGUACCACCUGAGCUAGCCAAAAGUUCAAUCACACUAGACCUGAAUCAAAAGAUGAAACCAGCAGCCAAACAAUUGAAGACCGAUAUUCUGAUGUUUUUUGAAAGUGCAAUGUGAACUUUUGUUAGUCAGUAGAGCAAUGUUACGUUAUUUAUGUCAGUUUCCUUAGCUAAUUCCCUACUUUUCUAUCUGGACUGGUAUAAACAGCUCUAAUGUUACAGGCUUCACUGUCAUGGUGCACAGUGAGUACACAACACUAUGCUCAUCAUGUCUUUUUGCAGUAUAUUAUAACAACCAGUGAAUGGAUACAACGUUCCAUCUUGAGUUGAUGGGUAGGCUACAGUCUGGGAUCUGGGAAUAAUGGUCAUUUCAAUGAUUGAACCAUUGAUACUAUUCUUGGACAAUAUAAUGUAUCAAGGUAUACCAAGGUAAUUCUUUGUCAUGCCUCAUCUGAGCAGGAUCAGGUGGUGACAGGGGUCUCAGCAGGGUCAGGCAACCAGAGAAGGCCAGUAUGUGACGGCGCUAAGGUGAACUUUUGCAGAUGCUACACUUUAAAGGUGCAGCACAGUCAUUCUGAUGUCUGCAUUGGCCGUGCAGCAUUUACGGUGACACGGCCUCUGCAGAAGUCCAGGCAUUCAUACUUCUUGCGCUUCGCAGAGCAGCACAGAGCUGUUGUGAAGGAAGUUGUCAAGGAAGUGAGUUUGUGUUUAUACAGGACCUCCCGCCCUCACCUACCGUCAACAAUCGUGUCAAUGCAGAGCUAUACGGAGCCAUCUGCAUUGUUACAACAUUUGAUAGGUGAACGGUGAUGCAGUGCAGAGCGCAAUUUGGCCUCUGCGUGCCUUCGGAGGCUUCGCAAUUGUGUCACACCAUCCAUACGGAGCCUCCGAACACAUUUUCGGACCAAGCAUAAUAUAUUGGCUCUUAUUCUCUGUGCAGCAAACACUGGACAAUCCAGAAGCUUGAAACUAUUUUAAGGGAGUCUGACAAACCUCUAAAAUUGAUAGCGGUUUUCCCAAUGACACUAAACAUGUCAAACAAAAAUGUGAGGAAGACCUGAGAGACACUAUUGAUGAUGAUGAUGAAUUGAUAUACAGAUAUGUUUGAAUGCCCCAGUCUAAAAUGUCUUACUCAUCAUUCAGGAUGAUCCGUAAUCAUUGUAGAAUCCACAUUAAUGUAGAAGUGUUUAGAAACAUAUUCUAUUCUUAUUUACAAUAAAAGUGACUCCUGAAGGGUCAUAUUAGAUUGUGUAGAAAUGCA